UACAGUAAAAAUGGACCAAAACGAUUCACCAAUGCCAAUAGUUUCAAUCAGUGAUCUUAGAUGAUCAUGGAUUCUGCAUACAUAGGCCAAACAAAAAGGAAAAAAAGAUUCUGAGAAACAGAAUAAUUGUAAAGUGACGUCUCUUAUUCUCUUCAUCUUUGAAUUUUUUUUCCAAAUACAGAGAUAGGAGGAGAUGGGUGGGAAUUAUGUUAAACACAAUGGACAUGUUGGGCACCAACUUCACAGGUGUUGCUAACAGAUGAGUAGAACUUAUUAGCUUUAUGUCCCACUAGUCCAAUUGCCCAUGGCACCAGUAGAUUUCUAAUGUUUAAUCAUCAACUUCAGAGAUAUCUCUUUUUCAUUUGUCUGUUUCUUAAUCCUCAUUCUCUCUUUUCUUCUCGUCUACCUUUUGUUCUUUAAUAAACAUGUAAGUUUUGCACUUCUUCAACCUUUGGUCAUUGUACUUAGAGACUUCCAUUACUCAUAGUAAGGCAAUCAUCAGAAUGGAUCUUUGGACCAUGGUCAGUGCCAUUCUACUCCUUACAUUACCAUUCACUGUUGGUUCUCUUCAAGAUCACCCCAAAAAGCAUGGAAUUAACACAGACCGAUCAGGACUCUUGGCAUUUAAGCAAGGCAUAUUGUUUGAUCCUCAGAAGGCCCUUGAUAAUUGGAGAGAGACAAUUGAUGUUUGCCGAUGGAAAGGAGUGUCUUGCAGUUCAAAUGGAGAAAGAGUAACUGGCCUUUAUCUCAAAAGUAGAUAUCUCCAAGGAACAAUAUCACCAUUUCUAUCAAAUCUCUCAUCCCUUCUGCAGCUUGAUCUCUCAGAAAAUUUGCUUCGAGGACCAAUUCCUUCUGAGUUUGGAGCUCUAGCUAGCCUAGAGGCACUUAGUUUACGUGCAAAUCAACUUCAACAUCAAGUUCCAGAGAAUUUUGGCUUGCUCAAACACCUUCGGUUCAUUGACCUGAGCAAGAACCAACUAGAAGGCCGGAUUCCAGCCUCCCUUUUCUACAACUGCACUGAGCUAGAGUACGUGGACCUCUCUGAUAACUUGUUCAUUGGUUUCAUCCCUUCACAGAUAGGAAAUCAUCUUCCUUAUCUUGAAACUUUCCGACUUUAUCUGAACCAAUUGAGUGGGAUAAUUCCCACUUCUCUCUCAAACUCAUCCUAUAUGGUUGAGCUUGAUCUCGAAUACAAUUUUCUCACUGGUAGAUUGCCAACAGAGAUCAUGAAGAAAAUGCCUCUAUUGGAGAUAUUAUAUCUGUCAGGUAACCUUCUAAAGAGUGAUGAUGAUAAUACAAACCUGAGCCCUUUCUUUGCUGCCAUUUCAAAUUUGACCCAUCUAAGGGAGCUUGAGAUAGCAGGAAACAACCUUGGAGGUGAACUUCCAUCAAUAAAUUGCUUGCUUUUCACCAAUCUCUCAGAGCUUCAUCUCGAAGAUAAUCUAAUAUAUGGUUCAAUUCCACCAAGUAUAGCUGGCCUCUCUAAACUAACCUUGUUAAAUUUAUCCAGCAAUCUUCUGAAUGGAACCAUUCCCUCUGAGUUAGGUCUUCUCCCCAAGUUAGAAAGACUGAUUUUAUCUAAUAAUUCGCUAAGUGGUCAAAUUCCAGAUCUUCUUGGUGAACUCAGUCACCUGGGCCUCUUAGAUUUGUCAAGAAACAAACUGUCUGGACCAAUUCCAGCCUCACUAGUAAAUCUUACUCAGCUUAGGAUAUUAAUCCUCUAUGAAAACCUUCUAUCAGGAGCCAUACCAGCAACCAUUGGAGGGUGUAUAAAUCUACAGAUCCUUGACUUGUCACAUAACAAGUUAACUGGAACCAUACCAUCAGAUAUUGCAGGAUUAAGUGAUAUGGGAAUAUACUUCAACCUUUCUAACAAUUUCCUUAAUGGAGAACUUCCAAUGGAGAUUGGAAAAAUGGACAAGGUUCGAGCCAUUGAUCUGUCAUCAAACAAUUUCAGCGGUGCAAUUCCUACUACUCUGGCAAGCUGUGGUGCUGUUGAAGUGAUCAACUUUUCUCACAAUUCUCUUCAAGGUCGGAUUCCUCCAUCCUUGGGUAAUCUUCUAAACCUCCAGUCCUUGGAUAUCUCACACAAUCUACUUUCUGGUGAGAUUCCAGGUGAACUGAGUAAAUCCGGCAGUUUAGUCCAACUAAAUCUCUCAUUCAAUAACUUCAAUGGUUCAAUCCCAAGUGGAGGUCUCUUUAAUUAUUUAACAUUUGAAUCAUUAAAGGGCAAUCCAAAUCUCUGUUGGUCAUUAGCAGAAAUUCACUGCCAGUCUGGGGAUAGAUCUGCACUACAUUCUCACAAAUUCCUGAUUAUGGUUGCCAGCUGCCUCUCUGCAACAGUUUUUGUUCUUACGCUUGCUUGUGGGUUAUUAGGAUACAAAUUUAAAAAAAAAUUCGAAUUUAGAAGGAUUGGUGUUUCAAGUAAGUCUUUUAUUGCAUUAAGAUCUAGCCACUCAAGAAUCACUUAUAGAGAACUAAUUGACGCAACAGGAGGGUUUGAGCAAAACAGAUUGAUUGGGUCUGGUAGCUUUGGACAUGUUUACAGAGGGGUUCUAAGAGAUAAAACUGUGGUUGCCAUCAAGGUUUUACAGCUGCAAACUGGAAAUUCCACCAAGAGCUUUGACCGAGAAUGUCAGGUUCUGAAACAAAUUCGGCACCGAAACCUGAUGAGGAUUAUUACAGCCUGCAGUCUCCCAGAGUUUAAGGCAUUGGUUCUACCUUUCAUGGCCAAUGGAAGCCUAGAGAGCCAUCUUUACCCACAGACAAAGAGCUUUGGUUCUUUGAGCUUGAUUACACGAGUGAAUAUCUGCAGUGACAUAGCUGAGGGGCUUGCUUACUUGCACCACCAUUCUCCAGUUAAGGUCAUCCAUUGUGACUUGAAGCCUAGUAACAUCCUCCUAAACAAUGAAAUGAAUGCACUUGUAUCAGAUUUUGGCAUUGCAAGGUUGAUUAUGAGAGUUGGUGAGGCAAAUGUAACAAGAAACACCAAUAGUUCAACAGCCAACUUACUAUGCGGCUCAAUUGGAUACAUUGCUCCAGAAUAUGGACUGGGAAAAAAUGCAUCCACAAAGGGUGAUGUCUACAGCUUUGGAAUCCUUGUGAUGGAAAUUGUGACCAGAAAGAGACCUACAGAUAACAUGUUCAAUGAGGAUAUGAGCUUGCCUAUGUGGGUGAAGAGACAUUGUCAUGGACAUUUGGAUAAAAUUAUCGAUCCAUCUCUUCUAAAAGAUGUAAGGAUUCAGAGUCCUGAAAUUAGAAACAUUUGGGAAAUUGCAAUCAUUGAGUUAAUUGAACUAGGCCUUCAAUGCACUCAAGAGGCUCCUUCAACCAGGCCCACUAUGAUUGAUGCUGCCGAUGACCUUGGUCGACUGAAAAGGUAUCUCUCUGGUGACACAACCUCAACUUUUGCAUCCUCAUUGGGAACAUCAUCUUCUACUAUCACAGGACAAAAUAAAUAAAACCUCGAAAUGUCUAAAUUUUACAUGAUAAUUAGAAAGAAAUAAAAUUACUCAAAAGGGCUCAGAAAGUUUGUUUAAUAAGAACUGCCCAAAGUCCUUCUCACAUCUCAUGUAAAAGUGGAAGACUUUUCAAUUUGUUUUGAAGAAAAAUCCUGGUUGAAGCUCUAUUCCACCUUUAAAAUAUGCUGGAUAUAACAGAAUGCCAACCAAAAUAAUGCAGCACUAUAAAGACUGGCAUAACAAAGGAAACAAGUUUUGCAGUUUACAUUGCAACCAAAUCUUUCCAAGAUUAAGAACAGAGUCAGAAAUUCUUUAGGUCCUUAUGACACAUGUAGCUGUUAAGACUUCACCUGCUAAAGAUACUUAGUCCAGAUAUUUGGAACCAAGGAUGCAGCUAUGGACUGUCAUUGCCUCACGUUGAGAGAUCAUGUUAUCUAAUAAAGGAUGUCAUUAUGUAUUGUGCAAGGGUAACUCCUUGAAAUAUAAAAGAGGUUAUCUAACAAAAAGGUUUUCUGUUACCUUUGGAGUGUUUACCUCUCUCUUUUUCUUCUCCUGAAUUGUGUUUUAGUUUCUAUCUGUGCAUGUGCAUGCGUGUGUGUGUGAGAGAGAGAGAAAGAAAGACAAAAAACCAAUAUAUUUCUAUAAAUCUUUACCAUCAUUAUUUUCUUAAGUAAAUAUAAUCAAAUUGCUAGAUGAGUUUUUAUUCUUUCUUAUGAUUAGGUAAGAGGGAUGUGACUGCCAAAGUUCACAUCAAAAAAAGUCUUUAGCAGCAUUACUUCUCGGUACUAUACAUCAAAUUAUAUGCCACUAUAGAUUUAUAGCAAUGUAUUCGCAGCAUAUCACUUUGCACCAUUGAGAACUGUGUCGAUAUAAGCCAUAGCGGUAUAUAAUAAAAUACCACUAUUGACAACUCAAUAACGGUGUUUAUUUAGUCAAAAGUGGUAUAUCUAUAUGCCACUAUAAACAUAGAAAAACAACAUUUAUGUCUUUUGCGGCAAUUAGAAAUGCCACCAUAGAUAUAACAAUAUAGCAGCAAUAAGUAAAUGACGCUAUUGAGUUACAAUUAUAGAGAUAUUGUGGCGAUUAUAUGCACCACUAUAGCUCGCUCCGCUUGCUCACCUCCGACAAGACCCCCCCCCCCCUU